AUGGUCGCUGACGCGAAGACCACUGCUGAGAUCCACAACGACGCUAUCGGAACUCCACACUCAGACGUCUCUCUGCCGGGCGACAAGGAGUCGACGCUCGAGGCACGCGAGAUCUUCAAAGAUGGCCACGAGGGCGUCAAGUUCCGCACCGUCAGCUGGCAGCGGGCCACCAUCAUCUUCCUCAAGAUCCAGUUCGCCAUGAGCAUCCUCGCCGUGCCGGGGGCGUUGGCCACCUUGGGAGCUGUCGGGGGAGCCCUGUCGAUCGUGGGGUGGCAGAUAUUGAACACUUACACGGCCGUCAUCUUGGGAGACUUUCGCAAUCGUCACCCUGAAUGCCACACACUCGCCGACAUGUGCGGUCUCAUCUGGGGUCGCGUGGGCAAGGAACUCGUCGGGCUCCAAAUCCUAGUGGCCCAGGUGCUCAUCACGGCGGCGGGGAUCGUGUCGUGCUCGACGGCCUUCAACGCGCUCUCAGAGCACGGGGCCUGCACCGUCGUCUUCAACUUUGUGUCGGCCGUGCUGAUCACGCUCUUCUCGUCGGUCCGGACCUUUUCGCGGAUCGGAUGGCUGACGUGGCUGGGCUUCACCACCUUCUUCAUCGCCGUCUUCAUCUUCGUCGUCGCCGUGACGCAGCAGGACCGGCCGGCCGCGGCGCCGCCGACGGGCGACUUCGACCUCGGGUGGGUGGCGAUCGCGCACCCGACGUUCGUGGCCGGGAUCACGGCGAGCGCCAACAUCUUCAUCAGCGGCAGCGGGUCGCAGAUGUACCUGCCCGUCAUCUCGGAGAUGCGGCGGCCGCGCGACUACCGCAAGGCGGCGGUGGUGGCGGGCAUCCUCGUCGGGGCCAUGUACCUGACCUUCUCGCUGGUCAUCUACCGGUGGUGCGGGCAGUGGCUGGCGACACCGGCGUUCGGCAGCGCGGGCACGCUGUUCAAGAAGAUCUCGUACGGCGUGGCGCUGCCGGGCCUGGUCAUCGGCGUGGGCAUCUACCAGCACGUCGCGGCCAAGCUGAUCUGCGUGCGCGUCCUGCGCGACUCGCACCACCUGCAGGCAAACACCCUCGUCCACUGGUCCACCUGGCUGGGCAGCAACCUGGUCCUGGGCGUGCUGGGCUUCAUCAUCGCCGAGGCCGUCCCCAUCCUCAACUACCUGCUCGGCCUCGCCGGCUCCAUCUGCUUCGCGCCCUUUAGCCUCAUCUUCCCGGCCAUGCUGUGGAUGUACGACUUCAAGGCCUUUGCCCGGGGGAGUGGCGCCCAAAAGACAAUCUACGCGUCGCACAUGCUGAUUGUGCUGGUCGGCAUGUUCAUGGUCGUCGGGGGGACAUACGGCGUCGCCGUCUCGAUCAAAGACGCUUUUGCCAACGGACUGAUUUCAAAAGUCUUUGACUGCGCCGAUAACUCGGGCACCAUUUCCUGA